UGGGAUGAAUGAAUGUUCACGAAUCACGCAUUACUCGUGAAGAGCUACUGAAUCUUCGAUUGUUUGAUGUUUACGGACGGAGGAAGUGGUUUGCCGGAAACAGGAUGCCUGAAAACGGAGCUCACUUUGGGUUUGCCCGGCGGAGGCGCGGCGGAGGCGGUGAAAUCGGGCGGGAAGCGGCGGUUUUCGGAGACGGUUGGAUUCAAAUUGUGUGGAAGCUCGGAGGACGAUGAAGUUAGCGUCUCGACUCCGCCUUCGUCGAAGAGUCAGGUUGGAUGGCCGCCGGUGAGAGCGUACAGGAAGAACAUGAUGAAAAACUGCAAAUACGUGAAAGUUGCUGUAGAUGGAGCUCCUUACUUGAGAAAAAUUGAUCUGGAAAUAUACACCAAUUAUCAGCACUUGUUGGCUGCACUGGAGAGCAUGUUUACAUGCUUAACCAUAUGUGAUGAGAUGAAGAUCAUGGAUCCAGCAAAUGGCACAGAAUAUCUGCCUACAUAUGAGGAUAGAGAUGGGGAUUGGAUGAUGAUUGGGGAUGUUCCUUGGAAAAUGUUUGUAGAAUCAUGUAAGAGGAUGAGGUUGAUGAAGAGUUCUGAGGCUAGAGGAUUAGCUUCAAAGGGUUUUGUCCAUUAGAUGAUUGGUGAUAUAUAUAUAUAUAUAUAUGUGGGAAUAUUUGGGUCAAGUUCAAGAGCUGCUUGUACAGAGAGGCCUUGUUUUGGUGUCUCAAGAAGUUUGAUUCAUACUUAAAUUAGGUUUCAAGAAUUAAUUAGUUAUUUUGUAACACUUGUCGCGUACUUAAUCCAGAUGUAUAUUUUUGGGCUUUUUCUUUGAUGGGUUUUUGCUGUCACAUUUGGCCACCAUGAUUAAUUUAAUUUAGUCCUCUCA